UGUAAGUAUGGGUGUAUAAAUGUACAGUUAGAUACAUUUGCUGUAUAUUAUACUGUAUACUGUUCGUUAUACGGUUAAUUUUCGGCCGUGCAGUGGUGUCAGAUAGUACUAGACAUUUCGCUUCACAUUUCUGUUUCCAGAAGUUUCUACAAAAUCUUUUUGGCAAAAUUUCUCACGAAAAUUUUCUUCGUUUCAUCCAUUUCAAGUGUUCGUGUUAUUCUAUUUUUAAUUAUUGAUCGUAAUUUUUUUCACAAAUAGUAUCCAUUUAACUGUUUUUCAAAAUGGCCUUUUUCGGAUCAUUGAUGGGUAAUCUCGACGAUGAUCCUGUUUUUGGAACUCAUAUGCAAUCUGUGAGGAACAUGAAUGAGAUAAUGGCUUCUUUGCUUCAUGAUCCAUUUGGUAUGCUGAGUAAUCCUAGCUGCAAUGCUAUUGCAAAUGGCACCCAUAGGAGCGUUGGUCGUCAGAAUGAUCUUCAGAUACUACCAUUUGGAUUUUCACCAAUGCCAUCAUUUAACAUGGGCAAUAUGUUUUCAGACUUUGAUAAUAUGGCGCAAAGUGGAAAUUGUCAUUCAUUCACUUCGAAAUCUGUAAUGACAUUUGCUGGUAAUGGUCAACCGCAGGUGUAUCAAGCAACUAUGUCCACAAGAACUGCUCCUGGUGGUGUGAAAGAAACAAAAACAACAGUCUGUGAUUCUCGUACUGGAACAAAAAAGAUGGCUAUUGAACAUCAUAUUGGAGAUAGAGCACAUAUCUUAGAGAGAGAACAUAAUCUACACAGUGGUGAACAGGAAGAACGUCAAGAAUUUAUUAAUCUUGAUGAAGAAGAAGCAGAGAGUUUUAAUAAUGAAUGGGAGUCACGUGUCCGUCGUUACCAUGGUGGCAAUUCUCAUUAUAGUAGCCAUGGUCAUCAAAAUCGAUCUGAUCGUAGGCAGUUGGCUUUACCUGAUGCAUCAGGAAGUCAAUAUUCUAAUUCUUCAAGAUGGACACCUUCUCCUAGAUGUAGUCUAAGAUCGCCACCUUCAUUUAGAACAUACAACCCCAUUUCCAAGUUAAGUUCGAGUUCUUCCACAAGUAUUCAAGAUGCUAAUUUUACGUCAGCAACAACUACGAAUGUAGUAGGAAACCGAAAACGCAAACAUAUACCGGAUGAUGAAGUUUGGAAAAAGUGUCAUGUUGUAUCAGAUAGUAAUAUGUAGAUCAAUCAUUCAAACUAUUACCGAUGGUACUGCAGAACUUCGGUAAAAUUCGUAUUAUUUAAUAAUAUUAUAUUAGGUCUAAAAGUGAUUUACAAAUAAUUCCUUAUAUCAUCAUGUUCUUAUAGAUUUAAGUGAAUCGUAAUUUCUUAAAGAUUUUUCUGCAAAUAAAAAUAAAAAAGCUGUUUUUUAGGUCAUAUAAUAAGUACUUUACCGAAGUUAUGCUGCAGUUAUUUUCCAUUUUACAUAUAGACUUACUGAUUCUUAGAAUCUUUAUGAAUGAAUAACAUAUGUGUAGAAAUUCUAUGAAAUAAUAUAUAUCAAUGUAUGAAAAGUAUGAGAGUAAGAAUGUUAGAAAAUAUGUAGGUUUAUUUUGAAUAAUAUAAAAAAAGUAUUAAUCAUAUCUCAUAAAAUUUGGUUUAUGAACAGAAAUAUGUUUUGUUUGUAAUUGGAAUGUUACUAAGAUGUUAUUUUUUAGGUAUUAAUGUAUUUGAUUUUUGUGAAAUUUUUUGUCUAAAAAAAAUAACGAUGUUAAAAUAAAUAUUAAAUUUUAGUCAUAUUUUUGAUAUUAAGAAUAUUCGAAUUUAAAAAUAUGUUAAUACAUUCUCAAUUUUUAGUAAAAAUGAACAUUUUGGGGUAGUAUAUUUAUCAAUAAAUGUACAAUUGAAUGUAA